AUGAAAGAUCUCAUUUUACACUUACAAGAAAAAUUGGUCAUAAUUACAGAACGGGCAGGUAUAGUCCACGCAGCAUUUGAGAACCUACAAUUAUCGUUUUUUCAAAAUGCAAAAGACAAUUUAAGCAGUACACCAACAGGUAGAAGAUACUCUGACGAAGUGAAGGAAUUUGCACUAACACUAUAUUUUUAUUCUCCCAAAGCAUACCCCCGGUAUGUUAGGUCUAUGAUUCCACUACCAAGUCAAUCCCUCCUUCGGAAUUGGUCGUCAUCUGUUAACUGUGAACCAGGUUUUUUUAAGGAAGCAUUUACUGCCUUGGCAAGUGAA